AUGUCUCCCACGCGAUUCACCAACAAACUUGCCGGCCAACGCGUCCUCCUAGUGGGUGGAACUGGCGGCGUAGGCCUCAGCGUUGCCCAAGCCCUUCUCGAGUUCGGCGCAACCGUCGUUCUGUCUUCUUCACGCGCGGCCAAAGUCAAAGACAUCUGCGCAGCAUUGGUCAAGGACCACCCCAACGCGGAAGACAGAGUCUCGGGCCAUGUGUGUGAUCUGGCCAGUCCCAGUGUCGAAUCCAACAUCGAGGUACUCUUCGACAGGGUUGGGAACGUGGACCACAUUGUCUACAUGGCGGGUGAUCGGUUGCCCAUGGUUCCAUUGGACGACGUGACCUUGGAAACAUGGCAGAAAUGCAAUCAAGUCCGGACCAUUGCAGCCAUUCUUGUGGUCAAGGUCGGAACCAGGUACAUGAAGAAGGAUCGGCGUUCGUCAAUCGUUCUGACCGGCGGCUCCAUCUGCGAGAAACCGAUUGCGGGUGGAUGGUCUAUGCUGGCCCUCAUGGGCGCCGGGCUCAACGGCCUUGGUAGACAACUGGCUUAUGAUUUAGCACCCAUCAGGGUCAACGUGGUCGCCCCCGGAGUUGUCGAGACGGAUAUGUGGCACGGGAUCGGAAUGGACGAGGAUGGCAAAAGGGCUUUCUUCGCCGAGCACGAGAGCAUGAUUCCGACGGGAAAGGUUGGACAGCCCGAGGAUUUGGCCGAGGCAUACCUGUACUGCCUCAAGGACGCCAAUGCGACUGGUGUCGUGGUGCACUCAAACAGUGGCACUUUCUUGAUGUGA